AUGAUGUUCGUCGUUUUAUCGCCGAUACAAGAGUCAGAGAUGUCCCGGGUCAGCGACGCACCGUACCACAAACUAAUGGCUGCUCCAAUCGCCUCAUUAAAUAGUCUCAUGAUCCAGACUUGUUCGCCAGCAAUCCCCUCCACGGCCGCUACAAAUCAUAUCCCAGUGACAGAUCUUACGUCAACGUUGGCUUGUUCCCUACUAUCAUGCUCUAUACCCACAGCUACCGUAAUCACACCUCCGCCACCGUAUCAUUCCAUCAAUCAUCAGCAUAAUAUGCGUCCAUUGUUCGAUAUGCAUAAUACGGCAACGAUCACCGAAACUGAUGUCGAUGUGGUUGGACUAUCACAAUCCACGAAAGAGGUCUCCAUAGAAGACAGCGACUCGGAUCAAAGCGACAAACCCCUUGACCUUUCCUUGAAGAGUUCGAACUCUCUCUAUUCACCAACCACGUCUCGGCCAAGUGUGAUAAUAGAAAGUCCCUCAAUUCGGAAUCCUCCUGUACGCCGCAGUGCUUCGUCGGUCUCAGCAACACGAGAGCAACCGGAUGUGCACGAACACUUCAGACGAUCACUGAGCGGGAAAUGGCCGAGAAGAUCAAAAAUCGACGACGAGAAAAUGCGCGCUUCACCAAUCACUAGAAGGACCUCACUGAAUAGUCAUGGUUCAACCUGUACAACACAACCACAUGUGAUAGUCAGUAACAGUGGCGUUGACAUUGUCGAUCAUUUUCGACGAGCGUUGUCCGAGAAGGACUUUGAGAAUUGGCAACGAAAAAGAAACGCCAAAUCACAAUCAUCAAAAUAA